AUGGAUGAUUCUAUGGAUUUUAUGCCAAGUGGCAUAAGCAACAAUGAAGUUUCUUCAAGUUAUUCUUCAACCAGUUUUGUUUAUUUACCAAGCCAAAUUAGUUCUUUCACUAUUUGUGAGUCUUCUUUAUCGAUGAAUCCAUGUUCCAAUGUCAAAGAAUCGACAGAAUUCAUUGAUAUUCAUCAUCCCUCAGUUGUUCUUAGCAAUCUUGCACAUUUUCGCGACCAAAAAUUUAUGUGCGACAUUGAAAUUGAGGUUGAAGGAGUUGUUUUCGUGGCGCAUCGAUAUGUGUUGGCUGCUGCUAUACCAUAUUUUCAAUCAAUGUUUAGUUCCGAAAUGCUUGAAUCUCGCCAGCGAAAAAUCUCAAUAAAAGACAUACCGUCUAUGGCUUUCCAACAUUUAUUGGAUUUUGCAUAUACAAAUAAAAUUUUAAUUACUGGAGAAAAUGUUCAACAGCUUUUAUAUUCUGCUAGCAUUUUGCAAAUGGAUACAGUAUGUAGUGCAUGUCAGCGCUUUCUUACGCAGUAUCUGACUACUGCGAAUUGCUUAUCGAUUCGUCAAUUCGCUGAGCAGCAUAAUUGUGUUGGUCUACUUUCAUCUGUAGACGAUUUUGCUAUGGAACAUUUUCCGGAGCUGCGUCUUCUUCCAGAUUUUCUUCAGAUACCUUUAAAUCAUUUGAUGGAUCUUUUGCAAAGUCCAGAUCUAAAAGUGAAUAAUGAGCAGGAGGUAUUUGAAUCAGUUAUUCGGUGGGUGCAGGAGGAUGUCAUUAAUCGCAAAGCUGAUCUCGCUGAUCUUUUAAUCUAUGUUCGAUUACCACAGUUACCGAUAUUAUAUUUUCUGAAUAAUGUAGCCAAGCAUCCUUUAAUUUUGGUGGAAUGUACGCGAUGUCGAGAUAUUGUAGCAGAUGCUAUGGGUGAGAUGAUGCGAUCUCAGCUUAUCCCAGCUUCUUCUUUAGAAAGUGUCUCUACUUCUUCAGUUUCUUCAUUCAGCCCUUCGUUGACAACGAAUAGUGGUUUUUUUCCGCAAGGCUCGGUUUCAAAAGCUGUAACGAGUAUUUCAACGCCUUCAAAUAACAGCCGGGCAUUAACUGGCCUUUGGGCAAACUGCCGCCCCAGAAAAAGCGCAGCUGGAGUCGUAUUUUGCGUUGGAGGCCGUGGUACUACGGGUGAUCCAUUUCGAUCAGUAGAAGCAUACGAUUGGCGUAAGAGUCGGUGGUUUUCAAUAGGUGAUAUGAAUAUCCGACGUCGUCAUGUUGGGGUAGUCAGCGCUCAAGGAAAAUUGUAUGCUAUUGGUGGCCACGAUGGAAAUAAUCAUUUAGAUUCAGCGGAAUGUUUUGAUCCUGCAACUAAUAUGUGGCAUACAGUUUCGCCCAUGGAAACACGUCGUAGAGGUAUUGCUGCCGGAGCUUUGGAAGGUGCCAUUUAUGCAGUUGGAGGCUUAGAUGAUACUGCAUGCUUCCAGACUGUUGAACGAUAUGAUAUAGAACUGGAUAAAUGGUCAGCAGUUGCUUCCAUGAAUGUCCAAAGAGGAGGUGUUGGUGUUGCUGCACUUGGCAAAUAUUUAUUCGCUGUUGGUGGCAACGAUGGAACAUCUUCAUUGGAUUCCUGUGAACGUUAUGAUCCUCUACUUAAUAAGUGGAAAUUAGUAGCUAAUAUGCAACAUCGACGUGCUGGUGCUGGUGUAACAGUUCUGGAUGGAUGUCUUUAUGCUAUUGGAGGCUUUGAUGAUAAUGCACCAUUGCCUUCUUGCGAGCGUUAUAAUCCAGAAGAUAAUAUGUGGACCCUUCUUUCGCAAAUGUCUUGUCCUCGUGGAGGUGUUGGAGUUGCUGCAAUGGGUGGUCUAAUUUAUGCCGUCGGUGGUCAUGACGGUAUGCGUUACUUGAAUUCGGUUGAAGCUUAUAAUCCAGUAACAAAUUCUUGGUCUCCUGUCGCCUCAAUUAGUCAGUGCAGAGCAGGUGCUGGCGUUGCAUGGGCCGAAUGCAGAGUCGAUUUUCUUUUGCGCCCCCCUGCCCCUGGAAAAGAUAGCGGAUGUGCGCCAUGUAUAACUGGUGCAGCUCAUUGUGUUUAA